GCUAAGUCUCUGGCACCAUAACACGUCUGCUCGCUGCGUAACGCAGACACGCCAGUAUGGUUAAGCUCGUUGCGUUUCUCGCUGUGCUGCUGUGCGGCAACCUGGCUGCUGCCACGAGCGCAGAUCUUAUAUCCGUUCUGGAGCAGCUGGCGGAAGGUCCGCUGGCACGGCUGCUGGAUUUGAACAUCGACCCACCGCCCCGAACCGCCGGCUUCUCUACGCUGCUGCCCCAGAAAAGCAUCCGAUUGACCUGCACCAAGACGAGGGAGCCCCGCUUCCAGGAAAUAUUGGUCGGCGAUGUGAACCUGCAGAGCAAGCUGAACUUUUCGCUGCCGCUGACGAUCGCCAUCCAUGGCUGGCAGGAGAGGAACCUCAGCACGUACAGCGCGCUGACGAUGCCGUAUCUGCGCUUCGCCAACAACACCAACUACUGCCUGCUGGACUGGAGAGCGUACUCCGAGUUUGGGUAUCAGAUCGCGGCCCGCCAGAGCGUACCGCUGGUGGCGCAGUAUUUGUUCGGAUUUUUGCAGAACCUCAGCCUGCUGUACUUCCCGCUCGAGCGUGUGACCCUGAUUGGGUUCAGCAUGGGUGGACAAAUUGCCGGACUGACGGGUAAGCUGCUGCCGAACCGGAUCGGUACGAUCUAUGCGCUCGAUCCGGCCGGUCCGCUCUUCUCGCACCCGGUCGACAUUGGGCCUAAGCGCCGGCUGGAUGCGUCGGACGCACAGUACGUGCAGGUGAUCUACACCUCCCGCUACACGGCUGGCUUCGGAAAGGUGCUUGACGGUGCGCAGAACUUCCUGCCCAACAAGGGCUACCAUCCGCAGCAGCCCUGCAACGCAAAGGGUGAUGGUUUGAGCGAACUAGCCGGGGCGCUGCAGUGCAGUCACAGGUACGCGGUGAGUCUGUUCGUGAGCAGCCUCGACCCAAACAACCCCAUCAUCGGCAAGAAGUGUCCGACGAUCUUCGGGGCACGCGUGUGCCUAAUGCCCACGAAGGAUCGCCUCGGUAUAUAUGCGCAAAGAAUUCGUGGCGACUUUUACUUGUAAGCGGAGUUGUAAACGUGCAAGCGAAUUGAAAAUGCGGAUAAAUCUUGCUCAAACAUCGUAUCUUUACUUGUAGUAACAAGUGCGACCAUAAAA